GGGAGGGUGAUGGCAUGGGUGACGUCAUCAGGAAAGCAGCCGUGCCGGCCGGGGAGGGGAGUUAUAAAAAGGCCCAGAAGAAUGAGCGGGAGUCCAUCAGGCAGAAGUUGGCUCUGGGCAGUUUCUUCGACGAUGGCCCGGGACUUUACACCAGCUGCAGCAAGAGCGGCAAGCCGAGCCUCUCCUCCCGAUUACAAAGUGGGAUGAACCUGCAGAUUUGCUUCGUGAACGACAGCGGCAGCGACAAGGACAGCGAUGCUGAUGACAGCAAGACAGAAACCAGCCUGGACACGCCGUUGUCGCCCAUGAGCAAGCAGAGCUCGUCCUACUCCGACAGAGACACGACGGAGGAAGAGUCAGAGUCCCUCGACGACAUGGAUUUCCUCACCAGGCAAAAGAAACUCCAAGCUGAAGCCAAAAUGGCCUUGGCUAUGGCGAAGCCCAUGGCCAAAAUGCAGGUUGAGGUGGAAAAGCAGAACAGGAAGAAAUCGCCGGUAGCGGAUCUUCUGCCACAUAUGCCUCAUAUAAGUGAAUGCCUGAUGAAGAGAAGUUUAAAACCCACUGAUCUAAGAGACAUGACUAUCGGGCAGCUACAAGUGAUAGUCAAUGAUCUCCACUCACAGAUAGAAAGCUUGAACGAGGAGCUGGUGCAGCUGCUGCUCAUUCGGGACGAGCUGCACACGGAGCAGGACGCCAUGCUGGUGGACAUCGAGGACCUGACCAGACACGCCGAAAGUCAGCAGAAGCACAUGGCAGAGAAGAUGCCGGCAAAAUGAACCCCGGAGCGCCGGGAGCAGAGCUGGAGCGAGACUUCAUUUUGCUUCUGUGUGUGUCCAAGCGCUGAUGUCCACGGUGGCGCACGAGAAAAACCAGUGUUAGUCAUUGACCAUGUCUGAAGCUUUAUGUCCGGUGAUUGGCCUCUGCUUCUUAAUUUAUUUUAAUUUUUUUACUUGUGCCACUAAAUAUCAGGCAUUUUAAUAAUAUUAUUACAAAAAAUGUACAGUACUUAUAACAUUAUAAAUCAUGGGUGAGAAGAGAGGGUAGUUUAACUUUAUUUUUGUUUGUUUAGAGAUUUUCAGUUGAAUGAUAUUUUACCAUUGACUACUUUUUUAUUCUUCACUGUAGUUUUAAAAUAAAGAAACUGUACUUGACGGUGCUAUACAAGUCAAAAAAAUACAUGCCUGCCUCGUAGUGAAGUUGUAGCUUUCAGUAAUAUGUAUAUUUUAAUCAGUUUUCAACAUUUUGUGAAUGUUGACUACCUGACAUUCAUUUUUAGAUGUGCUAUUAACAUUCGGUUGGAUUCAGAGAGUUACCUUGAAAGUUUUAUGUAUAAAUAUGUAAAAUAAAAAUUAAAAAAAUUGUUUCAUAUGAUACGUCUUUUUGUUGCCUAGUGGUUGACU